AUUUCGCACUGACUCCUAUAAAUCCUCUUGGUGAACUUUCGUCCGGAGUGCAAAUUUAUGGAAUUGGGUUGAAUGGUGGAUAUUCCAUGGUGGAUGACCUCCGCUUGAUUAACCACCCAAAAGUUUAUCAUGUCACUGGCAUGCUUGGAAGAGCGUCAACAAAUGGGAUUAACUCAGGAUCUACUCUAUUAAGGGCAACAUGGCGUCACGUCACACGCCCUAAGCUGGAUCGCGUACUAUCUUCAUUAGAAGCUUCCAGUCAAUUGUCCAAACUUCUGUAUUACGACCUCAGACCUAAUACUUAUUCUGCUUACAAAGCCUUGUCUUCUGGUUUUCAUACCAUAAAUCAUUUAGAUCGGCUGAGGCCAUCAACAAAUUCUGACCCUCUGGUAAAGCUGGAUUUUGAUCAAACAAAUCGGAUAGAGCCUUCUUAUGAGCAAAUAUCAAAAUACAGAGAUAUUCAGAUGGAUUCAACUACUUAUGGUCCUAGUGAGCAAAAGGAAAAACAGCCUUUAAUUCUCCGUUUGCAAAGUGUCGUCUUUCAACCUCCCUUUUUCACUUACGAGGUUGAAACAUUGCAUGAUACACAGGAAUUUUUUGUGGAUCUAACGGCGAAUAUUGGGGCUCAUUUAAGGACAGCUUCACUUACCACUGGAAUUCGUCGAAUCCGCGAUGGAUAUAUUACGUUAGAUGAUGUCCUUCUUCUAAAGAACCUACGCGUAGAUCAAGCUCUUUGCAGGAUCGCGCUUUCUAUCGAUGGCUCCAAAAAUAGAUUGAGCCAACGAACCGAUGAUGGCAAUUUUCAUGGCUACUAUUAA